AUGUUUUACGACUCUGCGCCCAAGCUGGUGGCAGCUGUGGUCAUUCUCUGUAUCCCGGCCAUCCUCACCUUCGCUCUUCGAUGCUACGUUCGACUCACGUCCGCAAAAUGGGGUUGGGAUGAUUGGAUGAUGACGGCGUCCAUGCCAUUCUUUUUAAUGCUCACGAUUAGCGCAUUGACAUCCGCCAACUCCGGGCUCGGAGCAUACGACGAGAAGUUAACAGCAGCAGAGAGGGUGACUGCAUUGAAAUGGUUCUACCUUGCGCAGGUUUUCUUUUGCAUCUCCAUCUUGUUUGCAAAAGUCAGCAUUGCCUUGCAGCUCGUGCGCGUUGCUUCUCAGAAGCGACCAUACCUGAUCGGACUUUGGGUCAUCGUUGGCAUCAUCGUCCUGUCUCUUUCUUUCACAACCAUCUUCUUGUUGUCGCAGUGCACUCCUAUUCAAGCCAACUGGCUGUCCACAACACCUGGCGCAAAAUGCCUGCCGACCCUCGCCGUCACCGUAGUCAGCUUCGUCCAGUCUGGAAUAAACAUCAUCACCGACUGGCUCUGCGCCGUCCUGCCGAUACCUCUCCUUUGGGACGUGAAGAUGAACUCGAACACUAAGAUGUCGGUCGUGGGCCUGCUUGGCCUUGGUAUCUUUGCCAGCGUCUCGGCAAUGAUCCGGCUGAAAUACACCGUUAGCUACAUGAAUCCUACCGAGGACUACCUGUUUGGCGUCGUGAACCUGGUGAUCUGGGCGUACGCCGAGGCUGGAAUUGCAGUAAUUUGCGGGUGCACGGCGUGCCUGCGGCCGCUGUUCUCGUCGGUCUUCAAGCUGGGCAGCAGUUCGGAUCACAAGGACACGUUCGAACUCAAGAGCAGGACGCUGCGGUCGCGUAGCUACAACGGCAUGAAGAUGCCCAGCGUCGACUCGCGGCUGGCGACCAAGAGCGCCGUCAUCACGCACUGCAGCGCGGCGCCGCGGCCGGACAGCGAUGACGGAAGCGGCAGCAUGAAGGGCGACAACGAGAGCCAGGUGCAGAUGCUGGAGAGCGACGGGAUCCAUGUGAAAUACGAGGUUGACACGCGCGUGCAAUGA